ACCCCUCUUCCCGUCGGGGCUAGGUGGGGCGGGGCGGUGCUGGGAGGGUAGCAUAGCCGGGAUCCGGGAGGAGGCGGCGGCUGCCGAGCUUGGGCUGACUAGACCGUGCUCAGAGUAGGCGGAGGGAGUGCCGGUGUGACAGCUGCGGCGCACCUAGCCCCGACCCGAACCCCGAAGGGCCCGGCCCCCAAAGAGGUGAGGACCCCGGAGCUCCCUGCCCCACCAGGACUGAGAGACUUGGCCGGGUCAGACUGCAAGGCCGAUUGAGGGGCUGGGACUGUCCCGGAGGACCAGACUGAUUCCGUUGCUAGAACUUGGGGGAGGGGGCAAGAGCCCAGAGUAAAAGCCCUAAAAGGUUAAUGGACUAAGGACACGCAAAGAGUGGGGAGCCGAAUCCACCCCGGACAGAGCAGUCUCGGGGUCUCAUCUUCAGGGAGGGGCUCUGGACAGAGGAUCCCUCUUUUUCCAGCUCCAUCUGUGUGGGGGACCACACUGGGAUGAUGGCCUCAGCUGGAGACCCACACAUUGCCCAGAAAGAUGCUGCUGACCAGAAUUUUGACUACAUGUUCAAGCUGCUUAUCAUUGGGAACAGCAGUGUGGGGAAGACCUCCUUCUUAUUCCGAUAUGCCGAUGAUUCUUUCACCUCAGCUUUUGUCAGUACUGUGGGCAUCGACUUCAAAGUUAAGACUGUCUACCGAAACGAGAAGCGGGUCAAACUGCAGAUCUGGGACACUGCAGGUCAGGAACGCUACCGGACCAUCACCACUGCCUACUACAGGGGUGCCAUGGGCUUCCUGCUAAUGUAUGAUGUCUCCAACCAAGAAUCCUUCAAUGCUGUCCAGGACUGGGCCACCCAGAUUAAGACGUACUCCUGGGACAAUGCCCAGGUCAUCCUCAUUGGGAACAAGUGUGACUUGGAAGAUGACCGGGUGGUGUCCACGGAAGAUGGCAAGCACCUCGCUGACGACCUAGGUUUUGAGUUCUUUGAAGCCAGUGCCAAGGACAACAUCAACGUGAAGCAGGUGUUUGAACGCCUGGUGGACAUUAUCUGUGAGAAGAUGAACGAGAGUUUGGAGGCUGGCUCGGGAACCAUUGGCAACAGCAAGGCUACGGCCCUCAGCGAUGCACCCCCUGCCCAGUCCAGCAACUGCAGCUGCUAACACUGGGGCUGCCUGGACUCUCGGCCCCCUGCCACUCUUCCUGACAGGACAUUCUGCUCCCAGGAGCAGUGGGGGAUACCUCGGUGUCCCUUCCAGGCUGAGGGCACCAUCUGCUCACAAGUACGGCUCACCCACUCCCCCAUGGGGGCCCGCAGGGUCUUUGCUCCAGUCUCCUGUGCAUACAGGACCCUAUACUCCUUGUUUCCCCUUUUAAGCCUGCUUGCCAACUCAUUUAGAAAGAAGGGGAGCCCUGACCCCAACAAGCUAGGGAUCCCACUGUAGUGAGAUGAGGAGGAGGAGGAGAUGGAGGGGUCUGCCAUGAGCUUGGCAUUCACUACAGGCUUGGGGAGAGCAGACAUACAUGACCUGGCAUUUCCUUUUUUGGGGAGAGGGAUGGGAUUGAGGUGGGGACUUAACAUGCUGCAACCGAAUCCACAGCCAGGCAAUAGGAAUGGGGGGAGGAAGAAAGAGCGGGGUUGAGGGGGAGGAAAGGUCCCAGCCAUUCCAUGCAUCAAUCAGCAAGGCAUUUUCUAAAUCUGUUACCAGAAAGUCCAUCAAGAUUUUUAGAUGGGCCUCCUCUUGGAUUUUCAAGAGAACCUUUAUGAGUGGUAAACCAUAAUGACCCAAAACAAUCAUCUUUGCUACCAAUACUGGCCUUUGAUUAAUGACCCUUGGACAGAUGUCCCCAGGAGGAGCUGGCAGGAAUAUGGGCUCCUCUGGGGCUUUGCCUGCUCUCCUCCUAAAGAUUCUCUUCACUAGUUGGGAAUAGAUGGAGUGGCAAAGUCAUUCUCUAAUUCUGCUGGAACUCUGGAAACUAGGAGAAGGAAAAGACUAGUCCACUGGUUUCUUCUCACUUCAGGGAGCCAAAAAGUGCCUUUUAGUCAAAUUUGCUUUCAUUUGUCCCCAUAAUGGUCCUGCUUUCAUUCCAGGUAUUCCCACUGUAGCCAUCCCAUCCCUACCUAGUCUACUCCCACUUCCCCCAGUUCCUCCCAAAGGAUUUCAUUAUAGAAGCAUUGAUGGCUGUAACAAGUGGAGAAUCAAACUUUUAAUAUACAAGUCUUGAGAUUAAUAAAGUAACAUGGACUCUCUGAAA